UGAGGAGUGGUGUAAGGGUAAAACCACUGAAAUAGAGUUAUCUCUAUUUCAGUGGGUAAAACCAACUAAAACCUAGUAAAACCAAAACCGUGUCGCGGAAUUCACUGCCGUUCGAUAACUUCACUUUUUUUAGAUUCUUAUUCACUUAUUGGUUUCUUCAACUGGUAAUAACAGUCCGACCGAUUCCCAAACGUUUUUCUUUCACCCCGCAUCCCGACAAUCGCAACCGUUGUGUGUUUGGCAACAAUUGACAUCCACUUGUAAUUAACCUGUUUAUACUGUUGGUUUCUACACUUCAAUCUUUGAAUAUUUGGACGAAGUGAACUAAAAUUCGUCGAUUCUUUCACCAUUUUCUUCACGUUCAAUGUAUUGAAAGCAGAACAUAAGCUUGCUAACUAUUCAAAAUAUUGAACAAUGAAUGGCCAACAUCAGGUCAUUUAGUGAAAGAAAAUUCCAUAAUUAGCUGCAACCUGCUAUCCAUAAAUAGCCAUCAUAAUUAAAAUAACUCAAACUGCUAUUUUUAAAGAAGCUGAUCAAGACCUGGAAAAUUUGAACCAAUUGUUGCACCAUUAGCAUAAAAAAUUCUAGACUUGGACAAUGAUGUGUUCGAAUUUGGAGUGUAAUAUUUGAGACAUGUCAAGUUAUAUAACAAAUGAGUAUGUUGGUAUUGAUAAUAUACAUAUGCUGUCACUUUCGACAGUAAAUCUCAAACAGAAAAUGCAAGAAAUCAAGCAAAUUAACAAGUUCAGAUGACACGAUGGAGUUGAAAGUCUGGGUAGAAGGAUUCCAGCGCAUUGUUUGCGGAGUUACUGAGACCACAACGUGUCAGGAUGUGGUAUAUGCGUUAGCUCAUGCAACUGGCCAAACAGGCAGAUUUACCUUGAUUGAGCGUUGGCGUACCAAUGAACGUUUACUAGCUCCAUAUGAAAAUCCACUGAAGAUUUUGCUUAAAUGGGGAGAAUAUUCGUCAGAAGUCCAAUUGAUAUUAAGAAGAUCGUCACCUGAAGGAAAUAAGACUCAAGGACCUUUGGGUGGUCGAUCCACGCAGAGAUCUCAAGUAAACGGACUUCCCAGUCCACAGCCUGACAGUACUCAUUCCAAAGAGGGAAAACAUACCAGUUCCGCAUCUCAAGAAUGGCAAGAUUCCACGCGCAAUCCCAUGAUCUCCAUUUCUCCGGAUAUCGAUGACUCCAGAAGCAUGGAACGAAGUCAUGACAUCAGAACAUCACUUACAUUUGGUGGACUCUCUAGUAAUAUACCGGACAGCGCUUCGGAGGUUCAAAUGGAAAAUGUUGCAAUAGUCCAACCGACACAGCAAAUGAAAACAAAAGAAACAAUUGCUCAUAAAGCAGUACAUAAAGCAAAUCAAUCUCCGAAUCGAGCAAGCAGUAGCGAACAUAAUGCGUAUAUACAGCAAAGGAAAAUACGGGAAGUACCUCCAUACCGAGACCCACCUGGACUAGUGUCUCCUGUUUUGAGGACUCUUCCACCCUACAGAGAUCCACCUCCACCAAAUCUUAGCAGCCCCAGUAGAUCUCAAUUUUCGCCAAUGUGUAGCGGAGGAAACUCACAGCUUCAUAAAGAGGAACAAUCUUCACCAAAUAACUCUACUAAGUUAAAGAGGAAUUUGUUCAAGGAAUUUCACGAGCAAAAGAAUCAGACUCAAGGCGGCAAUCAAGCCCCGGGACAGAUGCAAAACAUGGUUACUGUUGCCUACACUCAGCGAUAUGUUGAACUGGUGAGAUUAGUCAAUAGACAACGUGACACCAUUAAUGCACAACAAGCAGACUUGACAAAGUAUGAUGCAGAGAUAUUGUAUCUAGAAAGCAAAAAUAAAGAACAAAUACAUCAGGUGGAUUUUAUUUCUCAUGAGGUGAACCGCUUCGAAUCAACGGGUCGUAUACUUGAAGAACAGCUCAAAGAAUUAGCCCAUGUAGAAGAAGAAAGUGAAAUUGUCAGGCAGCAAGAGAAGACUUUAAAAUCGGAAAUAACAUUGCUCAGGUCCAAGCUUGCUAAUUGUGAAACAGAACUGCUGCAGUGCAAGAACAAAAUUAGGCUUGUGAUAGAGGAGCUUUCAUCGGAACAGCACACAAUGAGUCGUGAGGUUGAUGAAAGAAAGAUGAUGGAACGAAAAAUAAUUGGGGAGGUUGAACAUUUACAGUCUGAAGUAGAACAUGCAAAGCGAUCAGCAGAACUGGUAACGCAGUGCGCAGAAUCUUUGAUAUUAGAAGUGGCUGAUCUAGAAUCGACCAUUGUUGAAAAAAAAGUACAAGUUGAACGUUUGGUAGCUGAUAUGAAGGAAGCUAAUUUGCAAAGUCUUGCAGUUGCAUCUCAGGAUGACCAAAUAAAACAUCUCCUCGAAGGGGCACUCAAACCUGGAAGCACCCGUAAAAUGAUUGGUUCACCGAGGCAGCUUGAAACGGCAGUCCCUACCAGUAAGAAUCCACAUGGGGUCUGGGUUUGAAAAUUCUACUAAAUCUGAUCAGUGGAAUUUCUAUCUCAAAUAAAGCUCGUACUAUAUGAAUCCAAAUACCAAAAUCUAAU